AAGUUUUUAAUACUAUCUCGUAUUCGGGGAAAAUGUUUAUUAAUUUUAUAUUUUUAAUCAUAUUUGACUUUGUGACACGGACAAAUAUUUAAAUAAAAGUCUUCGUAGGGUUUCACUUAGAAUGCUUUCGUUCGCGACCAGUAGCAUUUGAAUAUUUUAUACUUCAAACUUUUAAUUUUUGAAUUGUGUUGUGAUAAUAUUUGAAAUGAAGAAGUACUUAGUGUUCGCUCUAAUAUUACUUUUCACUCAAAAAGCAAUUGGUGUACCAGCUUCAGUAUAUAUUGACGACAGUGACGAAGAAGAAAAAGUCCAAUUUUCGAAUGAUGACGAAAAAUCAAAUGAAAUACAAGUCGGAGCGUAUCAUAUUUUUACCACAAGGGUAAAUUGGACACAAGCGGUGGAACAAUGUCAAUUGAAAAACAUGGAAUUAAUUAGCAUUCCAACAAAAGAAGACAACCAAAAAAUUAUAAAAGCAAUUAAAAAAGCCCGUCAAGGAGCAAUCGGUUUUUGGACGUCAGGCAAUAGAAUAAACACAAAUGGGACAUUCUAUUGGGGAAAUGAAAAAAAUAGGAAACCAAUCACAUUCACCGAUUGGGAAAAUGGCCUACCAGACAAUCUUCAUGCAAAUGUUGGUUGGCAGGAAGAAUGCAUUGAAAUUAAGGGCUAUCAUAUUUUGAAAUGGAACGAUCAUUUGUGUGGAUAUCGACUCUAUUAUAUAUGCGAAAGCAAUGAAAUACUCGGUUCACAAACCAAUACAUCCAAAACCAAUGAGAAAAGUCCAAAGGAAAAAGAAAAACAAAUUUCAUUGUAAACAUUUUUUUUUGCAUUUUCUGUUCUUUUUUUUGAUG